CAGCUUGACAACGUCUUUCCUAUAGCAGGGUUAUCAAAACUCCAGCUCUUCGUGUAUUUUUUUUUGUUUGUAAACCAGCAUCUGCAGUUCCUUGCGUCUGCCAGAACGCUUUGCUCGCUGCAGCCAGGAUUAGUGCGGCUGGAUUAAGUGUCGAGUUCAGAAAGGUGCAAAUUCUCAAAGAAGACAAGUGCGUAAAACGCACCAGCGGGAAAGAUGUUGGCUUCCCAAUUCCUUUAGCCCCAGUUGCACUUAUCUAUCGCCCCCCUUAUCCAAGCACUGCGUUUAAUGUAGCCCCUCCAGUUCACUUAACUCUCUCCCCGUCUGUGAACUUGAGCUGAAAUUGCCAGGCCGCCGUUGGAAUGAACAGCAUUUGACCGCCGGCUGCUUCCAUCAACACUAGAGGAUCGGCCUGACGCGGUCUCUCCGUGGGAUCGCUGAGCCCGCAGAUCGCGAAUAUAACAGCCUGCGUUUCAUUUUAAGACCCUGUCCUUCCCGCUGAGCAACCUCGAAAGCAACAACACCGAAACUAAGUUACUGCAAGACUCCGGCUUCAAGAAACCCGUGCAGGCGGUGGAGGCAAUGCCUCGAAACUGCAAUCCAUACUCCCACAGAGGGUGUUAAAUUACUUUACCGUAGUGCCUGGAGUAUAAUUCUACUCUCUUUAAUAAACGCCUUGGAUCGAUGUUAUGGGCAAGUCUGAGAGCCAAAUGGAUAUGAUUGAAGGUAACCAAGAGAAAUCAAAGAGGUCAUUGAAAUCGUGGAGCGCUCUGGAAAUUGGGCUGACCACCAUUGUGGUUCUGCUGUUCAUUGUGGUCAUCAGUUUGAUCGCCCUCUAUGCAACUCGCAAAGAUGAAACGUGUACCACACCGGCAUGUGUGUCAGCAGCGGCCCGGAUUAUUGAGAACGCAGACCAAACUGUGGAUCCUUGUCAGAACUUUUACAAGUACGCAUGUGGAGGAUGGCUAAAGAGGCACAUUAUCCCCGAGACCAACUCUCGGUACAGCACCUUUGAUAUUCUGAGGGAUGAACUGGAAGUCAUUCUAAAAGAUGUACUGGAGAAGCCUGGCGAUGAAGGUUCUGUGGCGAUUCGGAAAGCAAAGACGUUGUUCAAGUCAUGCACGAAUCAAACGGCCAUUGAAAAGAAAGGCGGGAAGCCGUUGAUCGCCAUGCUGAAGGAACUGUAUGAGUGGCCUGUUGUAACAGAUGACUGGGACAAUACUUACGGUAAGAACUGGUCGCUUGAGGCGGUCCUAUCAACAAUGAAUGCCAGAUAUGGAAAACAUGUCCUCAUCGACUUUUAUGUUGGAACCGAUGACAAAAACUCAAACGUUCACAUCAUCCACAUCGAUCAGCCUGGCCUUGGUAUGCCUUCCCGGGAUUACUAUGAGUGCACAGGAGCAUACAAAGAGGCGUGCGAAGCUUACUCUGAGUUCAUGGAGAAAACAGCUAACUUAAUCCGAAAGGACAAAGGUAUGAACAAGACUGAAUUGGAAGUCAAAAAGGAAAUGGCUAUGGUGUUGCAAAUGGAAAAAGAGAUCGCCAAUGCUACAACCAAACCUGAAGAUAGAAAUGAUCCUAAUGAACUCUACAACAAGAUGCCGCUUUCUAAAGUGAUAAAUGAUUUCCCAUUAAGUAUCAACAACACGCUUACAUUCCAAUGGAUGGAUUUUAUCAACCAAAUCCUCUCCCGUGUAUCUCUAACUGCGACAAAAACAGAGCAAGUUGUGGUUUAUGCACCUGGUUAUCUUAGGAAGUUAGCAGAUAUCCUCAAGAAAUAUAGUGACAGGCAAAUUCAAAACUACAUCGUAUGGAUGCAAGUGAUGGAUCUGAUGGGAAGUCUAAGCAGUGCCUACAGGGAUACAAGAACAGCUUUCCGCAAAGCACUCUAUGGCACCACAACGGAGAACGCGGUGUGGAGAAAGUGCGCAAACUACGUCAACAGCAACAUGGACAAGGCUGUUGGUCGCCUGUAUGUGGAGGACGCUUUUGCAGGGGAGAGCAAGCAAAUGGUUGAAGAACUAAUUGAGCAGAUCCGUGUGAUUUUCAUCCAGAACCUACACGAUCUCAGUUGGAUGGAUCAGGAGACGAAAACAAAGGCGGAAGCAAAAGCUAAGGCCAUCAAGCAGAGAAUUGGUUACCCUCCAAACAUUAAGGACAAUGCCAAACUGGAUGAAGAAUACAAAGAGUUGCAUUUCAUCGUUGACGAAUACUUCAUGAAUAUUCUUCAAAAUAUGCAGCUGGGACAGAAAAAGAAUCUGAAAAAACUCAGAGAAAAAGUUGACAAAGAAGUGUGGAUAUCGGGAGCUGCUGUGGUAAACGCCUUCUAUUCUGCAAGCACUAAUCAGAUCGUUUUCCCGGCUGGUAUUCUCCAACCUCCUUUCUUUGGGAAAGGCCAACCAGCUGCGUUGAACUUUGGUGGCAUUGGUAUGGUCAUCGGCCAUGAAAUCACCCACGGGUUCGACGACAACGGUCGUAACUUUGACAAAAAUGGUAACCUCUUGGACUGGUGGUCUCCGCAAUCUGCUUCAAAUUUUAAACGUCUCUCGACGUGCAUGGUGUACAAGUACGGGAACUUCUCGUGGGAUCUGGCAGGUGGACAACAUCUCAGUGGAAUUAAUACCCUGGGAGAGAACAUUGCAGAUAAUGGAGGCAUCAGGCAGGCCUACAAGGCUUAUCAAUCAUAUGUGAAGAAAAGUGGAGCAGAUGGCCUUCUACCGGGGAUCAAGCUCAACCACGAACAGCUCUUCUUCAUGAACUUUGCGCAGGUGUGGUGUGGAAUGUACAGACCAGAAUAUGCCGUCAACUCCAUUAAAACCGAUGUGCACAGCCCUGGUCAAUUCAGAAUUUUAGGAUCCCUGCAGAAUUAUGAAGAGUUCAGUAAUGCAUUUCACUGCAGUAAGAAUACAUACAUGAAUCCUAAAGAUAAGUGCCGAGUGUGGUGAUCAAACAGCCCAGCUGUGUAGAAUGUCUUUAGCCUGGACUUGUUAAGUGAGUGGAGCUUUGAACUGCAAUGAAUAAUUUUGUACUCAAUAAUUUGAAUUGAUCCGAUUCCAAUACUGUUGGCACCUCAUUUCAAUCAAAUUCCCCAAAUCACUACUUCUCAAAUAAUCCAACAAAAAUAUCUAGAUUGGAAACCAAUGGGCUGCAAUGAUAGGCACAGCUACUGCAUCUGAAGACACAAAGUGCUGGAGUAACUUGGGAGGUCAGGCAGCAUCUCUGGAGAACAUGCAUAGGCGACAGAGGCUGACGGGGAUUCUCGAUAGAAGUAGAUAAAAUGAUGAGAGGCAUAUAGAUAGGGUAAACAGUCAGAGCCUUUGUCCCAGGGUGGAAAUAUCCAGCACUAGAAAGGUAUAGCUUAGAAGGGGAACGUUUAAUGGGGAUGCACGGGGCAAGACUUUCACGCAGAGAGUGGUGGGUGCCUGGAAUGCACUGCCAGGGGUGGUGGUGGAGGCAGAUAUGAUAGUGGUGUUGAAGCUUUUAGAUAUGCACUUGGAUGAGCAGGGAAUAGGGGGAUAUGAAUCAUGUAAUCUAAUGUAAUGUAAUCAUGUAUUGUCUUUCUGCUGACUGCUUAGCAUGCAACAAAAGAUUAUCACCUCGGUAAACGUAACAAUAAACUAAAUUAACUAACUAACUAAUGUACAGGCAGAGGAGAUUAGUUUAACCUGAAGAUCCCGUUCGUGUGCUGUUCUGGUCUAUGUUCUAUGUUCCAUGUGAAUAUGUACCUAUACUGUACAUAUUCUUCAGAGAUACUGCCUGACCUGCUGAGUUACUCCAGCACAUUGUGUCUUUUUUUUGUUGUUGUAAACCAGCAUCUGCAGUUCCUUGUUUCCACACUUGACAGCAUCUAAAGCACUGACUAACUUAAUAUUGUGUAGCUUCCCAAAUGACGAGCUCUUGAGCAAGAACACAGCCUUUAAAAGAGGAUGAGAGAAGGUUAAUCAACGCCACUAGUAUUUUAUCGCCUGAUGUAUCAUUCUGCCGAAGAUUGUAAAUGUUUAUAGAACAAUAGGUGCCCAGAUAAAUGAGUGGAGGUCAAUGAUGAUUGAACAAACAUAAAAUAAGAUUUGAGACUAGGAUGAGAAAUCAAUUAGAAGCAAGUAAUGUUGUGUUAAAUUCUGAAUUACAUGCAUAAAAUAAUCCGAUGAUCCGUGGAAAGAUGACAAAGAUUUCCUUUUAAUGACUUGGACUUCAUGCUGCUCUAAGGGGAUUGGUGGAGUGUAGGUUUCAGUGCCAUCCCGGAUCCAACAAAACCCCAAGUCUGGCUGUAAUGGUGGGGAUUGCUGGCCAUGGGUUGAGGUUUAGAGAUAGUGAUCUUUGGGCAGUUUUACCUAUCGCUAUUCUCCCCCUUCAACACAAAUUGUGCUUUGGGAAGAAGGCUCCCAACCCUAAACGUCGCCCAUCCUUUCUCUCCACUGAUGCUGCAUGACCCGCUGAGUUUCUCCAGCACUUUGUGUCCACCUUUGUGCUUUGUCCUGCUGGUAGGAAUGGGUUGUUAACCCAGCUGGUAUUUUGUUACUCAACAUGUGGCAUUUGUCCGGGAGUCAUCAAUUAAGAAGAGGGUGUAGUCUGCGUUUGUGAAGUAAUAGGGGAGGACUUUACCAGAUAUUACCAGAUGUGUAAACACACAAUGACAUUCUGUUCUUACAUACGGUCCAAUAUAGUAUUGUCAUACCUAAAUACAAUCACCAAUUAGCAAAGUGUACAGAAAUAGUCCACUGAGUCCACGUGCAAUUGGUGCCAAGUUUUGGCACCUUUUUCAAAAUCCUAUCUUACGAGAAAUGCCUGAUCCAGGCGAGCCUCAGGUCGCUGCAGAGCCUCCAGCCAUUGCCUAAUUGAACGUCAGAAUCAACCAGUGAACCAACAUCCCUGUCCUCACCGAUCCGAACCAGGACGCCUCCCGCAGCCGACCUCAAGGGCGCGGUAGGACAGACCACGGUUCCCUCUCCUCUCCUACCGGCCUCACUCCUUGCUUGUCACUGACUCCAUCCUCCAUCUGGCUCUGGUCUUCAGGGGACGAGCAGUGGCCGCUCGGGGGCCAUGACCCCCUGGGGCCGUACUUUGUCAUCAGAUGCUGGGCGGGUCAUCAGUUGCAGUGAAAGGUUUUAGCUACAGUCAGUUUUGUUGUCUUCGGUGUGGAAGGACCAUGGCAUCUCUUGCAUCCGGUGAGAUGCACGUUGAAUUUUGAGAUCUUCUCCUGGAAGCAGUGUCACCACAAACCACUUACCCCAUGUGUAUUAGUCACUAGCUACUAGAUUCCAAAGAAGGCAGUCAAAAGGAAAUCUCACCAAAGCCAACCAUUACUCAAACGUCCUGCAAUAUUUUAGCAUAAAUUCACCAAAUCUUAUCUGAAUAUUUCAAAAGAUUAGCACAGGCACACAGGGCCAAAUGGCUUUCUCUGUUUCCACAUGAUUACUGUCAAUACCCUGGAUUGAGAAUAACAUCAAUCCCAAUCCUUUCCAUACACACAUCACAUUCUUUAUCUCCAGAGAUGCUGCCUGACCUGCUAAGUUACUCCAAUGUCUAUCUUUGUUCCCAAUCCACUCCAUUUCUCUUCUCUCCUCUCCAUCCUUUAGUUGGCAACCUACAAUAUAGUGACUGGCCAGCUUAAAUGCAAAUAAAACAAGAAUAAACAUAGUAUAGGUCAGAAGAAAUUAGUGGUGAAUCUGUGGAAUUCAUUGCCGCAGAUGGCUGUGGAGGCCGGCAAUUGAUACCUCUAAGGCAGAGAUUGUGAUAGAUUCGUGAUUAGUAAAGGUGCCAAAGGCUAUGGAGAGAAGGGAGAAGAACAGGGUUGAGAGGGAAAGAUAGAUCAGCCAUGAUUGAAUAGCGGAGUAGACUCGUUUGGCUGAAUGGCCUAAAUCUACUCCUACAACUUAUGAACCUAUGAGUACCAGAAGUCUCGAAGUAAUUAUGAAACUGGAAUUGCAUAGCAUUCCAUUCAGGGCCUGAAGGAGAAAAGUUCUUUGAGGUUAUGAAUUGAGGGACACAUCACACCGACGGAAAUCAGAUGCAAAUAUUACCCACCUUCCCGUUUCAAACACUAAACCACCCGCUGAAUGUUUGCAAUAGUGUUUGCUCCACUUGGGUAGGGUUACUCCUUCAAAUUCAGCAUUCCAAUAUAGUGUUGAUGGAGCUAGAUUUGAAUGGGGGAGGGUGGUGGGGUUGUGCGUUGGGUUUCUUAAAGCUGAUUUUCCUGCUGAGUACAUGUCAUACGGUUUGUGGCACCGUGCGGUGUCACACUAAGGAGGGGGGGCAGUAAUUGCUAGUAGUUGAUGCUCUCGUACAAAUGCUUAAUGUGCAACACACCUAGUGCCUCACCAAACUACCCGACUGCUCGCAUUAGACGGUUCAGUGCUUUAAAAUAGCGAACAUUUGCUUCAAUAAUGAGCACAGGCUGGUUUUUCAUUUGCUACCAAUCAUGGCAGGUUGAUGUGGGAACAGCAGGGAUUAGCGUUUCAAGAAAUGGUAUUGUAAUUCAGUUUGGAGGGUGCGGGAGGGAGGGGUGAGGAUGGGGGAAGAAGGCUUAAUACAUGCCCCAGGGUCAGUGUUGUGUUCAGACAAAGAGGAUAGCUACGCCAUAAUAUUAAUCUGGGUAAAGUAUCGAGGCCACACUCUAACCAGGCGAUUUGUGCAGAGAGCGGCUUCAAGGCGCCUCAGGAGCAUGUUUUGUCUGGUUGGGCUUGUUCUCCAGUGAUUUUAAGGCACAUUAAGACUGCAAGCAGUCAGCUUGUUAGUCGCUGAGCGAUUGUCCUUAGCUGUGAGCUAGACUGAUGUUGAAUCUGAUUCACCGGCUGCUCUCUAGGGUGGUGACUGCAAACAUUUUCCAAGUUGUACCUCAUACAUUAAGAAAUCGUCAUGUCUUUUUACUUUUAAACCAAUGCAACUAUAUUAUCGGGUCGCAAACAACAAUUGACCCCAGUGAAAACUUGAUCUUAUAAAUUAAAUUUAAGUCAUCUAAUGUUGUGUAGGAAUAUGCAAUGUGAUAUCUUUCUCCCCCCCCCUUGGUAAACUUUUUAUCAAAGCUGAUUACCAGGAGUUGUUCUCCGGAACAAAGGGCCUGACGUUUGAUGUUUUUGUGCUGUUCUUGACUGAACUAAUGAGAGGGACAAGAUUUCAAUAGGAACCCGAGGGGCGACUUUUUCACUCUGAGUGUGGUGGGUAUAUGGACGAGCUGCCAGAAGAGGGAGUUGAGGCAGAUAGAUGCUGAGUCUGAAAAAGGGUCCCAAUAUGAAACAUCACUCAUCCACUUUCUCCAGAGAUGCUGCCUGACCCACUGAGUUACUCCAGCACUUUGCGUCUAUCUUAGGUUAUUGAGGCAGGUACUAUAACAACAUUUAAAAGGCAUUUGGGCAGGUCCAUGGAUGGGAACGGUUUUGAGGGCUUUGUGCCAAACACAGGCAAAUGGGAUUAGUUUAGAUGGGGCAUCUUGAUCGGAAUGGGUGAGUUGGGCAGAAGGGCCUGUUUCUGUGUUGUUUCACACUAUGACAGUCAAAUCAAUGCAGCACAAAACCAGUCCAAAUUCAGAGCAAAAUUCCAGUGAACAUCUCACAAAAUUGUACAGUAAGGGAGUUUAUUUACAAUAUCAAAACAUUUAAGGUUUUAGCUUACUUUUGAAUGUAACAUUUUUUUGAAAACUGUAAUUAAAGUGAUUUUAAAAUAAAGCAUUGAAUGUCACUAAUUUUCUAGAGUAAACAUUUCUUAUAAAUGAUACAUGGGAUUCAGAAAUGGUUCCAAAUGUUUUUGAUUAAAUUGUUGCUAUAUUCGACACCAAAGAUUUUCGUAUCUAUUGAAGCCAGUGAGUAUUCUAUUGAGUGCUUCCUUGGUUGUGUACAUAUGCUUUACUAAUUUUUCAUUGAACUUUUCUAGCUGAAGCCCUGUUCCAAUCAUUUGCUGACUAAUACUGGCUGUGCUAAGUUAUCUUUCCAUGUUAUUACUUUGUUGUUGCUUCCCAAAGAGAUCAUUAUCGGACAUUAUCAGACACAUUAAAAUAAUCUGUCACCAACUGGUAAAGAACAUGUUUAAGACAUCACUUGACUCAUAGUCAAGAAAGACGUCUGGUGAGACUUUAAUGAUUGGGUCUGGGCUAAGCUAGUUAAUGAUAAAGGAAGAAUCUUGUUGGAAAUCUGCCUUAACCCUUUAACUGCCUGUUUUGCAUGUUCAAUGGUACUUUAUUGUCACAUGUGCCUAGCUACUGUGAAAUUCAUCUUUUGCAAACAAUUUGAUAACAAUCUUACUACACAUUGGUACAAUUAGACCUAAGUACGAGAGUGUAGGAAUAGUAGAUAACACUGAAGCAAUACACAAGAGACACCAUGUUUCUGCCGCCAUUUUGUAUGAUUCAAUCCCAAAGUUGUUCAAAAUGUAGAGUCUUAACUUGGCCAUAAAGUCCCGUUGUCCUUGUUGGUUUGAUAGUUGGUUGAGUGAUUGCUAGUUCUUCACGAGCAAGGGAAAGCACAAGAGAUACUUGCUUUGAUGUUGAGAUGAUGCCCGGCAAUGUUUCACUCACUUCUAAUGCUAGUGCAAUCAGAUGUCAAUAUGACUGAACUGUACUGGCUACUUGAGAUGUGGCCCCAACUUUUUACAUUAUAGAAUGGGGAGAGAGUUGACUGAAAGGCAGACCCCCUGCUCUGAUCCCAGGUAGAAUUGGGAUCCCACGAGAUCCCUCUUUGCCAGCGCUAUACUGCAGCGAUAGAGCUGCUGCCUCACAGUGCCAGAGACAUGGGCACGAUCCUGACUACGGCUGCUGUCUGUACAGAGUUUCUCCCUGUUACCACGUGGGUUUUCUCCGGGUGUUUAGUUUUUCUCCCACAUUCCAAAGACACACGUUUGCAGGUUAAUUGGCUUCUGUAAAAUUGUAAAUUGACCCUAGUCUGUAGGAUAGUGCGGGUAUAUGGGGUGAUCAGUGGUCGACGCAGACUCGGUGAGCUGAAGGGCCAUUUUCCACGCCGUAUCUCCAAAGUCUUAAGGAAGUCACCCACAGAAGUCGUGCCUUCUAGCUCAGCAUAUUUUCUCUGAAUUUCCCCAGUAACUGUUGCAAUGACAGGUCAGUGGUGAGGGCAUCGAGUUUGGAGUUUAAUUUCCUGACACAUCUGACAAGGCAGCUGGAUGGUCGGAUGAGUGGGACACAAGAAUCUCCUGAAGGGGCACUAAAUGAACCAAGAUGUAGGCUGGGGAGGAUUGAUAAUCGCAAGCAUGCAACCCAAAGAUGGUGGUGCAUGUACAAGCUUUACAAAGGACAACCUGAUUCAUUGGUGUUGACUUUAGGGAAUCUCAAUUAAACAAUAGCAUCCUUUAACCUUCACUGUAACAUUGUGUUCUGCUUAAUUACAAUCCCUUAGUUAUAGUCCCUCAAAAAAGGACUUCUCUAUUUUUGUUAAAUAAAUAUACCUGCGGGGGAACAUAUUUAGACCUCUCCUGGUUAAAUAUGUCAGUCAUAUGAUUGGAGAGCCGAAAGACCAUUAGUUAAUUAAAUUGAGGCAAUUAAUGUAUAUAUUUUGCUUUAACACCAGAUGCUUUGGGCAUUGGCUUUCAAUUAAAUGCCAUGGCUUUUGAAAUUGGCUUGAGAUAAAACGAUUAAGAAUUUUUAUCAAGAGAAUGCCUGGGGUAAAGUGUUAAGCAGAUUUCAAGAGACCAUACAUAGAGAAUGACAAUGGAUUCUCCUUUGUUUAAAACUAAGUUUUCAUUUUUUUCUCCUGUUAUGAUUCAAAAAUUACAAAUGAUUUUCUGCAAAUUGUUUUGUUUAUGAAACCAAUAAAAUGAUUGCAAAACGCGA